AGUCAACGCUACACUAUAGAUGGGGAAAAACCCGCCCAAUAUUCGAGGGGAUUUUUAUGUUUGACGCCGCAAGCUCUGUGUACGAAAGGUCUAUUCUGCUAUUGCUUGUCGGUUGUGAAUUGGUAUAAAUUCGCAAGAGUAUACCAUUACCCCGGACCAUUACGCAGCAAACCUCAAUUUUAAAAUCAUAAGACAUGGCGGAUUCAGGAGAUCCGACAAAUAGAAGUUCUACCCCAUCAGAUCAGAUGAGCCGACCAGGGUCACUCAGGACCGAUGGAGAGGUACCUCCAAACAACCCAACGAACCCGCCUUUAUCAGUGGAUCGAAGCCCGUUUACGGAUUUAGAAUGUCAUGAGCUAGCCAGUUUACUCCAUCCGGAUGAUUUCCGCCGCCUUGGUCUGAUAUUGGGAUGUCAUGAAGCGGCGAUCAGUAGAUACGGAAUGCAAAACAGAGAUGGAAGAUAUGAGGGUACUUAUAAGAUGCUCACUGAUUGGAAGAAGGGAGUCUUAGACCAUGAUCAGAGAGAAAAUUUAUCAAAUGGAUUGAAUAAGGCAGGGGUGAUUUCAUUAGCUUUCCAGGUCCGGCAUGGCCGAAAAUUGGAACACGUUACAACUCCGCCUUAUUUUGCCGCACAAUCUAGCGUACCAGCGAGCUCCAGUCAAGCUAUUGACCCUCCAAGAUCGCUACAGUCAACUCGUCCAGUACUUCAUCAUGGUCCCUGUCUAAAUACGACAUCUCUCCCACAGAACACCUUGCCGUGCCCAGGAAGUGAUAUUGAUGACAUUGGAUUAUAUUACUUUUCUCGACAGCUCAGCAACGAUUCAUAUAAUAGACUAGGCCUGGCACUUAAGUAUAACCUCGACCAAUUGGACGCCUUCAAGUACCAGGCUUCUAGCAAUAUUCCUGAGGCAGGGCUUAGCAUGCUGCGGGACCUUAAAUCACAGGUGGGUCACAUCCGAAGGGAAGAUUUCAGAAAUCUCCUCAAAGAAUCAGCAGCACUUCCAUCUUUAGUACAGUUCUGUUGAAAAUUAUUAACAUAUUUGUGUUGAAAGAUGUAGAAACAGAUUACCAAAGCCCCCAAAAUCCACACGUUGUGCACAUUAGGAUGCCUAUAUACAUUGAAUAGUGUUUACUCUCUGAGGUGUAAUAUAUAUCACUGGUUUGUAGGAGUGAAUUAAAUUGGUUUUCACUCGUAAGUGAGCGGCAAAGCACUAGCGACCCACUCUUAUAUGGUAACUGCUGCCAGGAAAGGACGACGAUAACCCUUCAUCAACCGUCUCACACAUAAAGCAACCACACCUAACCUCUGAAAAGGCCAGGUAGCUUUCAGAUAUCCUGACCAACCUGUCUACGCCUCGAACUAAAUCAACUGGCCUUAACUAAAUGUUGGUCUUCUUCCCGAAAACCGUUAACCACCGGAUACUCUUUAGUUGUAGAAGAUCAUCUGACCUAACUCCUUUACUUGAUUAUUCGCCUCUUUUCGUGGAGCUGAAUGGGAAGUGCAACAGACGGACCAUUAUGAUUCAAACGAAAGUACUUCCCCAGGGUAGUGUUCUUGUCCCAGUUUUGUUCAGAUAUGAUGAGUACUGACAAACCCGUUUCACCAAACAAUCAUUAUCGAUGCUGAUGACCCCGGUAAUGAAGUUCAGAACAAUGAUUCCUUAUAGAGCUUCUAGAAUAAAGUGGAUCCACAAGAAAUGAUUCUAAGAUAAUCAUAUUGGAAUCUCCCUAUUUCAUUUCCAGUUAUUUGGAGAACCCUGUAAGGAUACAAUCAUGUUCAUGUGUGUUUGUGUGUGAAGAUAUCUUCUACCUUUUAACUUGUUUCCUACCUCAAACACUUCAUUUGCCCCCCCCCCCUUCCCCACACAAAUCGUGAUGAUAUCUGCUUUACUCGAAGCAGUGAUUCACAUGAAAUGGCUUGAUUUUUAUUUUGUUAAUCAUUGUCAUACAUGAAAUAUAAAAUGUAAACCCACUUUAAAUGAUAAAAACUUAGUUUGAAAAAUACUCGAGAUGUCUGAAAUAAACUUUUGUUUACAUUCAGUUAUGUGUCCUCAGAUGCAGCUGGAACAAAAAAGGUAAAGUUUAUGCUUACCUAUGGUUAAAAUGUUAUUUUGUGUGGCAAAGUUGUUACACAGUGUUAAAAUAUAUCUGUUUUAUUUCAGUUGCCUGAAAAUGCAAAAGAAAAAUAUGAAAAAUGUAUCACACAGAUAGUUUUUAUUGCCACUGUACAUGUAUAGCUCAAUUCUAGCAAAUCUACGUUCACACACUUUAAGAAUUACCUUGUUUAACCUCUUCCUUUCCUGAUUAUAUAACAGGAUACAUUUACGAGGCUUUCUUGAUCAUACAGUCGAUUCUAAAAUAAAACUCGUGCAAAGGGUUUAUCUUAUUAUAUCUUUUGAAACCUAUUUUUUUUUUUUU